UGUUCCAGGUAUUGAAGAGGUUUGAGGAAAGGAACCUAAGAGACCUCAAACAACAAAAGCAGACAUCACUUUUUUCCCCACACCGGCCCUGCCAGUGUUCGGCUAAGGAUGGUUUGCUCAUAGAUCACAAAGCUUGGGGAGACAGGGCAAAAGCAGAAGUGACUGAGACUGUGGAGGCAAGGAAUAAUUGAGAUGAAGCCACUGACAGAACCUCCGUGGGGUCACGAGAUGUACCUUUCCCUUACUUCAGUGUAACCUCACCAUUUAGACUUUAGCUGCAUCUCGCCCGUGCGCUUGCCUACAGGACCAUGGGUAGCGUCAGCAGUGUCCUCAAUGACAACAGCCUCGGCAGCAAACACUGCAAGGCAUCUCAGCACAGGUUAAAGGAGGGAACAAGCAGCCACAGAAAGAGUGGAGGUUGCAACCUUGACGGGUUACUGAAGUGCGGCUUCACUCAGGGCUCCUCAUCCUCCACUCAUCCCUCCAAAGGCCUCUCCCACUCAAGGUCUGGAAGAAGCGAAGAUUUUUUUUAUAUUAAGGUAAGCAAUAAACCAAGGUCAACGCACCACAGAGAGAGAUCAGCGGAGGGACAGGUAAACAGAAAUGGGAAAUCUGAUGGGCAGAUGCAACCAAAACUGCUGCUCAUGUCUGGAAAUGUGACUGAGAAGACAGCACAUGGAGGAGAGAUAUGGGAUGCAGAAGGAAGGAAAAGAGGACAGAAAGAAGCGAAGACUUCUGCUGAGAAGUCAUCGGUCCGUUCCACUGCCUUCAAGUGCGUAAAUCCCACAAGGACUUCAUCCACAGAGACAGGCCACAACAGCCUGGACCACAUCCUUUGUCCUCUGAAGAAAGCAAGCAAUCCAAAUAUUAGAGACAAGCGGGACACUUCAGGCACUCUGUCCGACUCUGGACGCAACUCCAUGUCUAGCCUUCCCACCCACAGCACCAGCGGCAGCCUAAGUGCUUCCACAGGCCCUGUCAGUCACAGCGAUGGCAGCUCCGCUCCUGCAAAUAGCCUCAGCGAGGGAGUACAACCCAAUUUCUCUCCAUGGGUCAACGGGAAUAGCGCUAACCUUGACUGUAGUUACGGUGCUGAUUUAAACAGCAGUGGGUUGGUAUCUAAGGCUAAUGAGGACGCCGGCUCCCCACUCUCUGCAGAUGAGCCAAGCGCUCUCUCUGAGACUGCAGGUGGGAUUCGGUCUCCCAUAACUACAGAUGAGUCACUGAUUGAACGCUUGGAACAAAAGCUGCUGGAGAGAGAAAGUGAACUACAGGAGCUGCAGGUGAGUUUUGAGGAGAAGGAAACAGACACCUGCCAGCUGUUUGAGGAAAGACAAAGGUACUGUGCUGAAGAGAUGGAAGGGCUGAAGCAGCGAUGCUCCACAAAGCUACGCCAAGCGUCCCAAAUGGCUGCAAAAACACAGCAAGCACUCCAGCUGCAAGUCAGCCAGCUCCAGGCAGAGAAGGAAAGGCUUCAGGAAGACUUCUCUAAGCUAACUCGGGAGAAGGAGCUUAUUGAGCUCAGACUAAAGGCUUAUGAGGCAGAGAGCACACAGCUAGCUCCGACCCUCGAGGAAACUCAGUGGGAGGUGUGCCAAAAGACAGGAGAGAUCUCACUGUUGAAGCAGCAGCUAAGAGAGUGUCAAGCGGAUGUCAGCCACAAGCUGAAUGAGAUAGUCGGCCUCAGGGCAUUGCUGAAGGAAAAAACAGCAAAAAUGGAGAUUCUGGAGAAACAGAACAAAAACCACGAGGACAGUCUUCACUCCCGCACCAUAGACAUUGAGGUGUGCCAAAAUGAACUCCAGCGCAAAAAGAAUGAGGCAGAUCUUCUGAGGGAGAAAGUGGGCAAACUGGAGAAAGACAUUCAAGGAAUGAAACAGGAUCUAGUCACUGCCAAAGAGCAAAGGCUGCAGCACAGUUUGCAAGUCAGAACCCAUUCCCCGUCUCAGACAGAAAGCCAAGGUUCAGAAUCCACAGACCAGGGGCGAGAGGGAGAGAACAAUGAGCACACCUCCACAGAAUCCCUCCAAAGAGAGGUGGACAGACUUAAGCAGCAGCUACGGGAGGAGAAGAAUGCUCAAAAGAGGCUAGCCAGCAGCUUUGAACAGGAGAGGCAGACGUGGAACAAGGAGAAAGACAGAGUUAUAAGGUAUCAGAAACAGCUCCAGAUCAACUACCUGCAGAUGCACAGGAAGAACCACGACCUGGAAAGGAUCCUGAAGGAGCUGACAGCAGAACUGGAGAGCCGGACAGAGCUAAGCAUGGAUGUCGCCUACAGCUCAGGGUUACAAACUUAUGACGAUGUUAUUGCCACAGAGAUUUGAAAACUGACUGCUUUUUUCAGCCGU